GUGCUCGGCGGCAAGGAUCGCUUUGGCCCGGCCCGGCCCGCACGGCGCUGGGCGCGGAGAACGGCCAUGCCGCCGCGGCGCAGUAUCGUGGAGGUGAAGGUGCUGGACGUGCAGAAGCGGCGCGUGCCCAACAAGCAUUAUGUCUACAUCAUCCGAGUCACGUGGUCCAGUGGCGCCACGGAGGCCAUCUACCGGCGCUACAGCAAGUUCUUUGACCUCCAGAUGCAGAUGUUGGACAAGUUCCCCAUGGAAGGAGGACAGAAAGACCCCAAGCAGAGGAUCAUUCCAUUUCUGCCAGGCAAAAUCCUCUUCCGCCGCAGCCACAUCCGGGACGUAGCCGUCAAACGCCUGAUACCAAUUGAUGAAUAUUGUAAGGCCCUGAUCCAGCUGCCCCCCUACAUCUCUCAGUGUGAUGAGGUUCUGCAGUUUUUUGAGACAAGACCUGAGGACCUGAAUCCUCCCAAAGAGGAGCACAUUGGGAAGAAGAAAUCAGGGAAUGACCCGACCUCAGUGGACCCUAUGGUCCUGGAGCAGUAUGUGGUAGUGGCAGACUAUCAGAAGCAGGAGAGCUCAGAGAUCAGCCUCAGUGUGGGCCAAGUAGUGGACAUCAUUGAGAAGAAUGAGUCAGGUUGGUGGUUCGUCAGCACUGCUGAAGAGCAGGGCUGGGUCCCUGCAACCUGCCUGGAAGGCCAGGAUGGCGUGCAAGAUGAGUUUUCCCUCCAGCCUGAGGAAGAGGAGAAAUAUACGGUCAUCUACCCGUACACAGCUCGUGACCAGGAUGAAAUGAACCUAGAGCGAGGGGCUGUGGUGGAGGUCGUCCAGAAGAACCUGGAGGGCUGGUGGAAGAUCAGGUUCCAGGGCAAAGAGGGCUGGGCCCCUGCUUCCUACCUAAAGAAGAACAGUGGGGAGCCCUUGCCCCCAAAGCUGGGCCCCAGCUCACCUGCUCACUCGGGUGCCCUCGACCUGGAUGGUGUUUCCCGGCAUCAGAAUGCUAUGGGCAGGGAGAAGGAGCUGCUGAACAACCAGAGGGAUGGCCGGUUUGAAGGUCGCCUCGUGCCCGAUGGUGACGUUAAGCAGAGAUCACCAAAGAUGAGGCAAAGACCCCCUCCUCGCCGGGACAUGACCAUUCCUCGAGGCCUCAACCUGCCGAAGCCCCCCAUCCCACCCCAGGUGGAGGAAGAGUACUACACCAUCGCUGAGUUCCAGACCACCAUCCCAGAUGGCAUCAGCUUCCAGGCCGGCCUAAAAGUGGAGGUGAUUGAGAAGAGCCUAAGUGGUUGGUGGUACAUUCAGAUGGAAGAUAAGGAGGGGUGGGCCCCAGCGACCUUCAUUGACAAGUAUAAGAAGACCAGCAGUGCCUCGAGGCCCAACUUUCUGGCCCCCUUGCCCCACGAGAUGACCCAGCUCCGGCUUGGGGAUGCAGCUGCAACAGAGAACAAUACGGGUCCAGAAGCCGUGGGGCCCUCCAGACCCCUGCCUGAGGCACCACACGGUGCUGUGGAGUCUGGGAUGCUCUGGUCCAAAGACUGGAAAGGAGGAAAGGAGGCCCCAAGAAAGGCAUCUUCAGACUUGUCUGCGUCAACAGGAUAUGAGGAGAUCUCGGACCCCACACAGGAGGAGAAGCCCAGCCUCCCUCCACGCAAAGAGUCCAUCAUCAAGUCUGAAGAGGAGUUGCUGGAGAGGGAAAGACAGAAGAUGGAGCCGCUCCGGGGCUCCUCCCCAAAACCCCCUGGCAUGAUAUUGCCAAUGAUUCCAGCAAAGCAUGCCCCGCUGGCCCGGGACAGCAGGAAACCAGAGCCCAAACCUGACAAAAGCAAGUUCCCACUGAGAAAUGACAUGGGGUUAGAGUGUGGCCACAAGGUGCUGGCCAAGGAAGUGAAAAAGCCAAACCUCCGGCCCAUCUCCAGGUCUAAAGCUGAGCUGUCCGAGGAGAAGGUGGACCCCACCUCCCAGAAUCUGUUCAUGAAGUCUAGACCUCAGGUUAGACCCAAACCAACCCCUUCCCCCAAGACAGAGCCAGCUCAGAGUGAAGACCACGUGGAUAUCUACAACCUCAGGAGCAAGCUCAGACCUGCCAAGUCUCAAGAGAAAGCCUUAUUGGAUGGAGAAAGCCACCAUGCUGCUGGGAGCCAUGACACAGCCCUCAGCAGAAGCUUCCUUCCCGGGGAGGGACCUGGCCGUGGCCAGGACAGGUCUGGCAGACAGGAUGGGCUGAGUCCAAAGGAGACACCCUGCAGAGCCCCUCCCCGGCCAGCCAAGACCACAGACCCUGGGCCCAAGAAUGUGCCUGUGCCUGUGUCUGUCCAAGAAGCAACCCAGCAGCAAAGACCUGUGGUCCCACCUCGAAGACCCCCACCCCCCAAGAAAACCUCCUCGUCACCACUGUCGUGCAGGCCCCUUCCAGAGGUCAGAGGGGCACAGCGUGAAGAAAGCAGAGUCGCUCCUGCUGCAGGCCGGGCCCUCCUUGUCCCUCCGAAAGCCAAACCCUUCCUCUCUAACUCCUCAGUGGGCCAAGAUGACAUACGAGGCAAAGGUGGGCUGGGGCCACGCGUCACUGGCAAGGUGGGAGAAACCAGAGAGAAGGCAGCUUCCUUCCUCAAUGCCGAUGGCCCAAAGGACUCACUUUACGUGGCUGUGGCCAACUUUGAAGGAGAUGAAGACACUAGCAGCUUCCAGGAAGGGACAGUGUUUGAAGUCCGGGAGAAGAACAGCAGUGGCUGGUGGUUUUGCCAGGUCCUCAGUGGGGCUCCUUCCUGGGAAGGCUGGAUUCCUUCCAACUACCUCCGGAAGAAACCCUAGCUUCCCCGCCCUGCCGGGAGACCCAGCAGUCCCUGCUAGCCUUCCCCACGUAUUUAAUACGCAUCUUAAUUUAUCAGUCUCCACAUCAUUUCGAGGAAGGUGGCCAUUGGGGUGCUGUGAUAUCCUGUAGCCUGGGGUCUGAUUCUCCUGUUGUGGCAUCUCCAGAAGUCUCAAAAGCCACAGCCUUUGCCAGGUAGAAACCACAUUACCAUCCUUGUCUGCAGUAGAACCCAUCCACAUGGGCAACAUCUUGUUAUCCAGAAGCAGGAUAGUGACACAGACCCCCAGAACUGACACCAGCCACCUGGAAGACUUCCAGACCACCCUCCAUGCUCAAUUGUGGCAUAAGAGGGACAGCCCCACAGCCUGUGACAACUCGCUCUAACUUCUCCAUGUUACCAGAAGCCCAGUCAUGGCUUUGUUCACCGUUCUCAGAAUACCUGGUGCCAGGAAGAACUGAGUCCCGAAAGAAUCAGCUUCCGGGGUUUCUGCUUCUAAGUCCUGAGCAGAUACAGCUGCCCUCAAGUGGUCUAGAGAUUCACUCAGUUAUCCUGCCUUGGACCGUGAUCAGUCCUAAAGGAGCACGCUUCACUUCACUGCUAAAGCCUCUGGUCCAUUCAGGGCUUUUAAAUUCCAAUUCCCACCCACCUCCCUCAGUCCCUGGAACAAGAGUCUCCACGUUUGUUUAAGUAAGGGGCCAGCCCUUCACAAGGCACAUGGUCCAUGAGUGCUUCUUUGCCUAGUAGGUGCCAAACUGCCCUUGGCCUUCUGCCUUCAGGUUCUGUCAACCAGCCUCUCUCCCCUGUCUAUUGCACCCAUUUUCUAGUUGAGGAAAGUGAGGCUCUACAGGCCCCAGGAUAUGCUAGGUAGGAAGUGGCUGGAGGAGGCUUGAGUCCAGGUCUGCCUGACCCCAGUAUCCAUGCUCUUCUCCCUGCAAGAACAACCAGAAAGGGAAGAGAUGGAGGUUGACUGAGUAUCAGGGUAGGUGGCCUGGGGUCUUCCUUAUGUUAUGAGCAAAGGGAUGGUAGUGACUGCCCUGGACUCACAGCUGUUUCUGCAGGACAGGGUGUACCCUGGAUCCUUAGUAGCAGGUACAGAGCGUAUAGCCUGAUACCCUGUGUGUGGAAGAGAAAUAAAGGAAACCGAGGCACUGUCCCUCGGUGGCUAAGGACGAGCAGCUGGGUCUGUGCCAAACUAGAACAGUACCCAAGGGCCUGUAGUCUCCUGCCCCAGCAGCAGCUGCUGCUCCGCGAAGAACAGUUUGCUUUUUAGCGUGCUCUUUCCCUGGGAGAAGCCCAGGGUAGCCCUUCCCUAUUUUGACCAAUAGACAGCUAAGGCCUGGAGAGGUCCACUUAGUUAUUGCAGAGCUAAAAUCAGGACCCAGAUUUCUAGCUCCCAGCCCAGACCAACUUGUACCUAUGAAUGGGCUUCCUGUGAAAGAGGGGUAGGAUUGGGAGGGCGGAGCUCCAUCCCAUCCCACAGUCCCUACAGAAGAGGGGACAGCCCUGUCCGGUUCUACACUUCCCCAGGGUUCAUUUUUAAUGUGGUUUGGAAACCACGAUGCCCCCUUUCCCAAGAUGCUUGCAUCUUACUUGCAGUGCCAAAGAUUUUGUGCAAGGGGAUCCUUUCUGCACCCCACCCCUGCCCAGCCCUCUCUGCUUUCCUCUGACCCACCUGGCGCUGUCACUCUCUUCCUCUGUUCAGCCUGCAGUCCCCCACGACCCCCACCCCCACCCCCAGCACUGGGCCUGGGUAGGAGGCAUCUGAAGGAUGAUCCUGCUUAGUCUGUGCCCUGGGCCUCAGGGGAAAGCGGCAGUUAGGGAGAGGGGAAGCUGAGAAUCUUCAGCUCUGGAGCAGCAUUUGAGAGCCUCAUGCCCACACCCACGCUGUGCAGGAAGCCUCAUCGCUUUCUAUUUGUUGGUGGUUUUUGAGUUUCGACACCUUUGCUUGACCAGCUUUCUGAAGCUGUUUUACAGGCCUUUGGUUGUUGCUGUUGCUGUUUUGUUUUGUUUUUCCUGCUUGCACUUGGCUCUCUGUAACCUUCUCAAGUAUUUUACAAGUCCCUUCUAUGCCGCAGAUGCUGGGUAGACCAGGGAGCGGGGUGGGGGGCAUCACCCUGCACUGAAGAACUGAGCUUUGCCCACUAGCUCCAGUGAAGUCAUCUGCCUUCUACCCUCCUCUCUGUGGUCAGCUGAGGCAGAGCAGACAGGCCUUCCUGUGGGCAAUGAGAGAAUUUGCCUUUUGUCCUAUCCUUGUGCUGCCGUGAACUGUAUGUGUGCCGGGUUCCCUUUCUGUUCACUGUCUUUUUGUUGGGUCACACACACAGCCUGAAGGUCUCUGUGGCAAGCUCCAUCGGCCAUAGUGCUUCAUCAGUACCCUGGGCAACUGGAAGCGAAUGGGUCUGCAGAGCCAAGUCACUCACCCACUUUCCCUUGCCUGGGACUUAGCUUUUCAACAUCCAGGACUGUGGUCACUCCUCUCGGGGUGGAGCAUAUAUGCCAGACUCCCCCUCAGCCCCUAUCCCUUCCUACUUCCAAGGCCAGGGUAGCAAUGUCUGGGCCAAUCACAGAUCAGAUCACCAACACAAACUUGUGCCCCUCCCCUGCAACUAACAUUCACAUCGACUCUGUUGAUGUGAUGGCAGGGACCACCUCAAUACAUAAUGGGAAAGUUAAGGUAUGGAGAGUGAAGUCAUAUCCUGCCUUGUUAAGGUACACAGGCCACCAGCAAAGAAAUGUUACAGUACUUGCUGGCAAUCCAGUGACCCAGUCUCUGAUUUUAGGUGUCUCUCCCACAAUCCCCUGACCAAACAUUGGUCAUUGGCCAGAUGGCCCCUCUUGGAUGGACCCUUCUCUCUGGCUCCAUGGUUGCAUUGUUUCUGCCUGAGAGUAAGUAUAGUACCCUGGCCUCUGGGAACCUGGGCUUGAAAACAGCCGUUGCUAGAUGGAGACUUUGCUUAUAUUUUCUGGCCAGAGUCACUCUUGGCCAUUUAUGUUAAUACCAUGGCCCCAGGCUGAGGCCAGGGGCAGUCUGUGCUCCAGCUACUUCGGAGUCCUGCCAGGAAAUGGCAAGAGCCAUGCUAGGCGCUCACAGUUGGGUGUUUUGUUUUGUUUUGUUUUGUUUUGUUUUGUUUUGUUUUGUUUUGUUUUGUUUUGUUUUUUGAGCCUCUGCCACCAGACCACCCCAUAGAGUUGAUUUCUAUGGCACAGUUCUUGACCUUAAACUGUUUCUGAACCCACUGGGGACUUGGGGAGUGGAUGGAAAGUGGGGACACAUGUACUUCACUAAAGAACAGGUGCCAAAUCCCCCCUCCCCCCAAGAACUUAGGACAGUCUAGUGUUUAUCGCCAAAUUCUGGCCCUUAGUGAGAGGAAGAAAUUGACCAUCUAAGAAGAGUGGUGUGGAGUUGUGGUGCAGCCAGAAAGCAAUGGCCCAAAUGUGUGGGCCCCAGGCUCCAUCCCCAGCAUCACAGAUAAACAAGAACCUUAAUGGCUUAGCUCCUGUCUUUCCAUUGAGCCCAGGACUCUUCAGUGUCGACAUAGUCCAUACCCUGGGAAGCCUUGCCAUUUCUUUGAACAGUGUGGCCAUCUCGGCCCCUUCGGUGGCUGUCUAAACUUUCCUUCAGGGUUUUUCCUGUAUACUACAGCCUAUCCUACCACAGACCAAAGAUUCCCUGAAGUCAAAGGGGUGUGGACUGAAUGGGUAGAAAAUUAAUUUGUAUCAAGGCCCAAGGGUUUGCCUUUGCCUGGAAGAAUUGCUCCUAACUUGCUAAGGUUCUAGCAGCAGGACUGACCUGACCCCAAGCAGAGCUGUACAGUUAAGACAAUGGUUCGUACUCCUCACCUGCUGAACAACCGUCCCACAGACCAGACCUCCCUGCUCUGGGGAGUGAUGCUUGGUCCCCGGUGCUAUCUAGUUGAGGUACCAAGUCCCUCAAAUGUUCCAUCUUCUUCCCUGUCUCUGUACUCCUUCCCCAAGUAAGCCCUCUUAGCUCCCAUCAGAAUGAGGGCUUAGCUUCUGUCCUUCAAAAGACCAGACCCGGUGCCAUCGCCAGUGGCCUUCCCUCUCACCUCUGCUUUUAAGAGCAAAGGUGCCCUGCCAGGCUUAUUACAGCAAUAAACAAUUCUAAUGCAAUGGAGGUGUCCGAUUAUGCCUGCAAUGCCUUUGUGCCCUGUAAUUACUAGUAGCACCUCUCUUACAUACCAGGGAGUGUGAUAAACUGUGGUUACCUUAGCCAUACAUGGUUCCUCUUUCGGGGCCACUGAGGUUGCUUCUAACAUCCCUCCAGAAACAGUGGGCUCUAGACAGCGUGGCCGACUGUAUUCAUGGGCCCACAGCUGGUGCUGGGAACCCCUGGGUUCUCAGCCCUUCUCACAACCCCUAGGCCAACUGACAGGUCCUGGUGGUGGCUUUUAUCUCCCGUGAGUGUUUAAUGUGAGGGGGCAGGGGGUGAACACCUAGCUGUAGCAUGUAGAGACUGUAUACCAUUAGUCUUUUCUUUUUUAAAAUAAUAAAAUGCUUGACUGGUUUCAAGCUUCGUUGUAAAGAUGUAGUGUUUGUGGAUUUCAUCUGGCUGAAAGAGAUACAUGCCCUGGUGUCUGGACUUCAUGUGUUGGUGUCUGGACUUGUGCUCUUUGUGUCUGAAGAAGAGAA